AUGGACUCAGGAUUGGCUGAUAAGAAUGAAUCUGCAACUGAAUUUGAUUCAACACCCAGCGAAGACGCAAAUCUAAUCAUAGCUACUUCCAAAAUUGUCCCGCGAGUCAUUGUCGAUCGCCAUGAUGCUACCAUUUCACUUUUGAGAGGCGAAGGAUGCUUCUUCUUUCGGGGCCAAUGCGCCUUUAUUCCUGGCGACUUGAAGAGCGUUACAUUGUCGUUUGUUGGGAUUGGAGACCAUGAACAUCUCUCUGGCCUGGAUUUCAGAUCAAAAACCGGAAUGGAUGCCGAAUUGGGCUAUCUAUCCACGAAAGUAACACUCCUAUACGAUGUCGAAACUAUCACGGGAUCUGUCUUCGCAAUCGAUCCUCUGGGCAUUCGAGCCCUCCAAAUUGUGGACGGCAACGGAGUCAGACCACGAUGGUUUGGGUCAUCCAAAAAUGUGCCAAUAACAGAGCAUCUUGUGGCUUUUGACACCACAGAGCCUUUGCGAGCCAGGGUUGAUAUGUACAAAAUUAUCAGCAUUACGGCUACCGCGAUCAAAGAGAUCCCUGGCGAAUCUCGUCCUGGUCUGAGCUCACCAUCUCUUCACACUACAGAUUUAUGGUACCCUUCCAUACCCAGUGCAGACUUAUUAUUGAAUGACAGGAGCUUUCAAGAUAUCAUGAAGCCAGAACACGGGUACAUGCCUCUUCACUGGUGCAAAUUUGGUGGACCCAAAGGCGCGUAUCUGAGACACAUCGUUGAAAUUGCCCUGGACGAUGGACUCAGCCCUACCGCGAUAGAAUUUCGUUACUCGGACCAGAUUUCUAUCGAACCGGCUUACUUCAGUUCAUAUAAACGAUCUCCGGAAGAAAUGGAAUCAGAGCCCAUAGAUGGGCCUGAAGGAGAAUACCUACAAACUGUUCAAGUGGUCAGACGGGGUAAAUGGAUUUCUGCUCUUAGGGUCAGUCACACGCCGGCCUCAUCACCAAUAAAAAAAAAUAUACGCGAAUGGGGCAUUGUUGAUUCCCACCUUUUCGGCAGUGUUGGCAAGUAUGAGGAGGCUCCCGCAGAGUUCAAGACGCUCGAGGCUACCCCUGGUUCCACUAUUACUGGAUUAUACAGAUCCCUCCGCUACACUUCGAGGGAAGAAGAGGAUAACUUCGGUGUAAUAUCCGAAAUGCUAGAUGAUUUGCCAGCGCUUGAGUAA